AUGUCGCACACAACCAGGCAGCUUCAAAGGCCUGCUCGGAUUAUUCUCAUUGGUGCACCUGGGGUAGGAAAGGGUACACAGUCAGAGCGCUUGCUGUCCCGGUUUCCGCAGCUGGCCUCCAUUAGCUCCGGGGAUCUUCUACGAGAAAAUGUUCGCCGAAGAACACCACUAGGCGUUGACGCCGAGGCCGCAAUGCAGUCUGGCAACCUGGUCCCAGACUCGAUGAUACUCAACCUCAUCUCCUCGGAAUUGACAUCCAAGGGCUGGCUAGCCCCCUCCUCGCAAUCUAAGCCUGCCUCAUCCUCCCCACAGUCUUCCAAUAGUUCACAAACACUAUCUCCCACCGCUUCCUUCAUCCUUGACGGAUUCCCCCGGACCGCUGCGCAAGCAUCCAGCCUCGACACGCUAGUCCCCGUCAACUUCGUCGUCCAACUUAUCACUCCUCCCUCUGUCAUUCUCUCUCGGAUCGCAUCUCGCUGGGUUCAUGAACCAUCUGGCCGGGUAUAUAAUACGGACUUCCACCCGCCCAAGGUCCCCGGUAAAGACGAUGUCACUGGGGAACCAUUGACCCAACGACACGACGACUCGAUCGAUACAUGGAAGCAACGACUGCGCAAGUUUGAGGAGACAAGCCGCGCUUUGCUUGAGCAUUAUGAAGGUCGCGGCUGUGUGUGGCGUGUCGAAGGAAACAGCAGUGACGAGAUUUCUCCACAACUAUUUGCUGAGGUCGAGAAGCGGUUCUGCUAA